UGGUGGUGCAGUGUUGGCGAGGGGAGUGUAAGAGUGACUUAAAUUAUAUUUUAUUAUUCCCCUCUGAAAAAUUAGCGAAAAAAAUUUCGUGUAAAAUUUUCUUUGCUAAUUUGAAUAUUAAUACGUAGCAUAUCCUCGAGCAGUUGAAAGUGACCUUGAUAAACACAAAGUGAAUUUUGACAUAUCGUAAAGGCAAUCCAUGACAACUGUAACAAGCAGUUAACUAGUGCAGCAGGUGAGCUGUGUAGGCCUACUGUAUUACGCCUCUACGUUAUUAGCAAAGCUGUGGUGGGCGGCGGCGAUGGUGUCUGCUGGAGCCGGGAGGGAUGGCGUUUGUGUGUGUUGGUGAGGAAGACUGCUAGCUCGUCAGUUCACUCGCUGCCACACCAAGGACUGUCAGCCCUCACCUACUGUAUUGCGAGGGACAGUCAGCCCUCACCUGCUGUAUUGUCAAGAACGGUCAGCCCUCACCUGUUGUAUUGUCAAGAACUGUCAGCCCUCACUUGCUGUAUUGUCAAGAACUGUCAGCCCUCACUUGCUGUAUUGUCAAGAACGGUCAGCCCUCACCUACUGCCAAGGACUAUCAGCCCUCACCACUCUCAGCCCUCGCCUCCUCAUGACCAGGACUCUCGAUAGAUAUCAACUCUGGGAAGACGACCAACAGUGAUAGAUAACUCCUUCGCUAAUUGUAUCAUCACCUGUACUGGCACUGUCGUCAGGUGUGUGUAGAGAGGCCACGACAUAGGUACAGGUAUAUACAGUCUGAUGUGUUGAUGUGAUGACACGGUGUUGAGGAAGCUUUACAGUGGUGGCAGCUGACCAGGUGUUGCGUCAAUGGAAAGAAAUCGAGGAAGGUGCGUCAAAGAUGUCGUCCAGCAUCUCCGGCCCGCGUGAGACUCCCGCCCACCUGACGCACAUCUUGGCCAGGGUGAGAGCCACACUUGAAGACUUCAGGUACACGUCGCUAAACUGUGAGUCAUUGGAAAUUCGCGACGAGGGUGAUGCUCCUCAACGGGACUUGGGGGGGAACCUGGAUGAUGUGAAUGAAGCCUUCGGGGCGUGUCAGACGAUAGAAUGGAAGGAACAAGAAUACCGGUAUCUGAGGUCGAGGGUGAUGGGUCACAGGAGGCGCGACCUGGUCAACGGCUCCACCUCCGGGAUGAUGGGUAGUUACUCUAUACCUGCUGUCCACAAGAUGCUGCUGAGGUCAUUGUCUUCACCUGAUCCCCCUCAGGUGGAGCCCCUCAGUUACAAGGCCUUUGUGAGGCAGAGGCGGGCGUCGCUCGCCCUGGAGUGUGACCCCACAGACUCCUGCGGUUGUGGGGUGAGAGACGUCAAGACUCGGAGACGGAGAAGUGGAAUGAUGAUGAAGGAUAAACCGCCGGUUGAGAGUGAACCUGAUAUCCUGUACGAGGUUCCCAGCCAAGCUUGUGCCAAAAUUGUUUCUUUUGUCAAGUCUAACGCGUGGUCUUCCCGAGAGUCGAUUCUGUCUUCAGCGUCGAGGAGUUUAGGAUCCAGCGACGAAGACAACACGAGUGUUAUAUUAAACACCGACCCGCAGGUGCCGAGGUCAGUGUCGGAGGAAACGUUGAUAUACAGACACGAGAGUCCUGUUGAGGCUAAGGAGGGCCGUAGUGGUGAGGACCCAUCACCUGCCGCCACCACUAGUGAGUGUGAGGGCCACCUGACGCCCACAGACGUCUCCCACAACUACCCAGCGACCCCAGACAGCCUCACUGACGACCCUGGGGGGACGGCCACUCUCACGCUCUCGGUCAGCAGCAUCUUAGACUCUAUCCCGCACAUCGACUCCUCUGACGAUGAGGAGGAGGAGGGAGAGGCGUCAAGGAGUGAGGCUGUGGCUGCUCCUGACACACACAUCAGUGGUGGAGUGUCGGAGAAAACUAUUAUAGAUGAUUUCUCCCCUGAGUGCCCGCCACUGUGUCAGCCAGAGGAAGACCUGUGUGGGAGCGGCGACGACUGGCAGCUGGCUCAGGCGCAGCCAGCCAUAGUGGUCGACUGUCACGGAGCUGUAGAUAGUGAAGGGCCAUGCGGGGAUACAGUGUCCGCUGGUUUGUGUCUUCACUCACGCCCACAACCACGCCCCUAGCCACGCCCACAACCACGCCCCCAACCACGCCCUCAACCACGCCCCAACCACGCCCCCAACCACGUCCCAGGGCAGGAUGAAGGUGGUAGGGGCGUGGAGGAGACGGCUGCUGCAGCAAUAACAGGUGGGGUGAGCCAGGAGGGACAGUUGUUAGUGGAGGUCCUCUGCGUCAGCCACCGUGACCUGGGGGCGUGUCUGGCCAGGUGCUGUGAUUCGUCCCAUCCUUACGCCCUACCACUCCCCGCCCCCCGCCUUCUCCUCCUGCCGGCACACGCCCUCUAUGCCUCCCCACCGCGCCUUCUUCAUAUACUCAAGGAACGGGUGUGGGCGUGGCGGGGUGACCUGCAGGUGUGGGUAGUGACGUCAUCAUCUACGCCCACACAACCCACCACUACCACCACCCAGCUCGUUACCUCCCAUGGUCUACAGGCGGAGGUCAUAAGCCAGCAUGACCUACACCAGAGAGUGCCAAAGGACCAGUUGACCCCGCAGUUUGGCGGCACUCUGCAGGUGGACCACAGUGCCUGGCUCUCCUUCUGUAAGCUUCGUGAGGGCGUCCUGGACUCCAUGAGAACGUGUGUGUCGACCCUGGAGAACUACGUCCCUCCUACAGUAGCUGGUUCGUCCUCCUCGUCCCUGCCUCUCUCUUCCUCAUCACCUCCUUCGUCGUCAUCGUCUGCGUUACACAGUUCCUCACUCGCUCACUCUC